UGUCUGACGGAUAUGUAACAGUCUUUGAGACAAGCUGCUCUUCAGACAUUACGCUAGGGCUGUCUUGUCGUAUGGGCCGCAUGGAUCACGGUGCACUCUCCCUUACACGAUACUAGUAACAAGAAACAGGAAGAUGUCUAGUUUAGGGGAGUCAUAUGAUUCUUGGGAUGAAUAUGUCGAAGACAGUGAACUGCUUAGAGCUGCAGAAGAAUGGGAGUCAUCUCCAGACAGUUUGGAAUUGAGUCCAAGUGUAUUCACUCAACAGGAAACAUCAACCGCACCAGCUUCGUAUACCAACCAUUCUGGUGGGGCCAACGGAAGUGACAUCUAUUGGCAGAAAAUGAGUGACAGGUAUAAUGUCAAGACAGUUGUGUACUCAUUCCCAGGUCAUGCUACAAACAAUCCUUACAGGAAAGUUCUGAAUAAAAAAGAACUAAAAGAUUCUAACAUGCAUUUGUCAAAGGCCAACAAAGUACUGCACAGAAAGUUCCCCACAGGCAAGAAUUUUGUUGACAGUUUACUUCAACGAAACUGGUAUCAGGUGAAAAAUUCAGAUGCUGUUUUUGCUGUGGGAAAAAUCAUACGGAACAAGAUGGUGGAUGGGGGAACAGGAUGGGCAGUGCAAAUGGCAGUGGACAAUAAUAAAUCUGUCUAUGUGUUUGACUGUUUUAAAAAUGAGAGAACUGGGAUGGAAGAAGGGUCAUGUCAAUGGUUUAAGUAUGAUUUUGUUAGAAGAAUGUUUAAAUUUUAUCCAGGUGUGCCAGAACUUACACAUGAUUUUGCAGGAAUUGGUACUCGUGCUUUGACAGAUAAAGGGAAAUUUGCCAUAGAGGAAGUAUUUGAAAGAACCUUUAAUUGUAAAUAAAGAUUUUUUUUUUGUAAACUUGUCUUGUGAAUAUGUAUAAAAUAGGGCGCAUUUUCAUCAGUCAUUUUUCAUUAUCACUGUAUUGAUUAUAGUUAGGCAUUUGUAUUGUGAACAAAAGUGGUUCACAUUCCUUUUUAACUUGACAAUGUACAUUUUUCUGUAUGUAAAUGAGUAUGUAAAAAUCUCUACUUAUACAUUUUAUUUCUUGUACAAAGUUGAUUCAGGAAUUUCUAUCAAGACUAUGUUAAGGUAGACAAAUUGAAUGCAGAAACUUUGUUGCAAAUUGAUUACAUUCAGAUGUGUGAUGUUUACCCUUAGGCAUCAGUUGCCCAUUUGGCGUUUCUAUUGCAUUCAGAACAUUGGUUAUCAGAAUGCUUGAGUGAAGUUAUUUUUAAACUUAUUAUUAAGAGCAUGAAUAAAUUCCUAAACAAAUUUA